GCGGUGGAUGGUGGAAGAGAGUUGUGUGGGACUUGGAACCGGACAGCGUUGGAUGGUGGGAGAGAAUGUGUUGGACUUGCGCGGUGCUAUGUUUGGAAGUUUCCUCAUCUACAUCCAAGGGUUCCAUGUUGGUUUGCCACGCGGUGAGCGUAACAAAAAACGUAAUAGAAAAGUGUGUUCCUUCUCUCCGGCAAGGGUGGCCACGUGAAAUAAACAUGGAAUCGCAGGACGCGUUUUACUUUGCCUUUCUGUGACUUCCUGCAUGUCUAUGUUUGCUUGCUUUGCGUCUCCGUUUUUUUCAUUAAUUUGAAUUUCCUUGAACCCAUCUACUCCCUGCUGCAAUGCUAUGUUUGUUUUCUUUCCAGUCGCUGCUGGAUUCCUGGUAUUCCCCAAGAAUGUUGACCUGCCAACUGCCACGUUAAAUGUGUGUGAAUUGUGCCUCAAGUUCCGAGAUAUUUUUACCCGGUGUAUUGAAUGUAUUUGUAUGCACGUACACUAGCAUUUCAAGUGUCGCCCAGUUGCACAGGCCUACCUGGAAGUGAGCCAGCCUACAAAUCGGAUGCCCAGCAGGUUCCAGGAACUGAUGAAGCUCCAGAGAGUCAUGCCAGCCGAUUUCACCUGGACUUAGAGCACUGGGUGACAGAAGUGUCGGAGGUCUUCCACUAUCGAAUCUUCUUCAUAGAUCCUUUGCCGACAAUGUGUAGUGCAAACUUCUGCAAUUUGUGCGAGGCAAUGUGUCUGACUCGUGCCUUGGCGUUUGGAGCAUCAGCAUCUGAGGAACUGAUUGGACAGAUGAUGUUUACGGUUUUUGGCCCGCUGUCGGUCCCGUUUCUGAUCCUGCUUUAUGGCGGGAAAGUUGGCCUUGAGAAUCGUUCCUUUUGGCCGUUUAGCCGCGCUGCCAUUCCCCAGAUGAUAAUUUGGUCCUGUCUUUUCAUGGCCAUUGUCGCAAAUUUAUUUUCUCCUCCAAAUGUGAUGCUCAUCGAGAAGAAGUUCGCAAUAUUUUGCUUGUUCAUGCGGAACUUGCCCAUUGCGACGAAGUAUGCCUACACAUCAUCGCAGACCUGGGAGAGUUUUAAUCGAAAGGAAAUUGACGAAAAGUACCGGGCGUAUCAGAAUAUGCUGGUUGGUUGGUACAUGAUUCCAGAGGAGAACUUUGCUCUUCAAGCUGAGGUCGCAUUUGUUGGCGUGAUUGGUUCUUCUGCGCAGAGGAGUGAAGUUGCUGUGAGAUUUCUUCCAUGGCCUCGCAAUGAGAUAGACUUGCUGGCGAUGCGCAAGCGGGUGGAUGUAUCAAGCAAAACCAUGUUCUUCGCACCAACAGGGGAGAUCCUGCGGCCUCGCUCGUGCAGGCGCAAAGCAGCCCGCCGACGCAUAAUGGGGCGUGAUGAGACGCUGCCUGAGUGUCAGAUGCAGUCCUUGUAUGACGGGAUGUCGAAGUUUAAGAGCUCAUCG